AUGGGAGACAGCAGCAGAGAUCCGAGUCUUGUGCAGAACUUGAAGGGCCACAAAAAGACUAUAAAUGCAUUGAGGUAUCUUCCAAACCAGAGGGAUCUGCUGAGCUGCAGCGAUGACCACAACCUGAUGCUAUGGAAUGUGUCAACGAAGGAUGCCAGGAGUUUCAAGUUCAGCGGACACACACAGCAAGUGACUGAUCUGGAUUACACGAGCAGUCGUAAUUUGAUUGCCUCAUGUUCAUAUGACAAAACAGUGAGGAUAUGGGAGCCAACUGUGAAAGGCAGUUGCACACAGUUCAUUGCACAUUUCUCACCUGUACGAACCAUCAGCUUGUCACCAACUGAUCAACAGAUGGUAACAGGAUCAAAUGACAAAUCAAUUAAAUUAUGGAAUUUACCAAAGAAGAAAUUUCUUAAUUCAUUCACGGGACACAAUAAUUGGAUUUUGUGUGCUAGGUAUUCGAUUGAUGGCAAGUAUAUAGUGUCCAGUGCUGAUGAUAAGACAAUAAAAGUGUGGGAUCCAGCCACAAAAGAAUGUGUAUUGACAAUUUCAAAUGCAAAAAGCAGUGCUCUUAAAUUAUCCAUGCAUCCUAAUGGCACUUCAAUAGCUGCUGCCAUGGCUUCAGGAUCUGUUAGGGUUUAUGAUAUUAGGACAAAGAAAUUACAGCAGCAUUACAUUCUGCACAACAAAGCUAAUGAUGUUUGCUGGCAUCCAAUGGGAAAACAUAUGUUGAGUUGUGGUGACGAUGGUUCUAUAAAAGUAUUAGAUGCGUUGGAGGGUAGGCCCAUUUAUACCUUGAAUGAUUUGGCAAACCAAUUUCAUUGA